AGCCAAACGUUAGGCGUAAUGACGUCAGAGAAAUUUGAAAAACAUGCGGCAGCUCUUUCUUGCUUUGGUAAAUAAACGAAACUAGAGCAAUUUGAAGUAUUUUCCUUCUACUAUGGCGCUCUUGAAGCCGUUUAGUAAACUCCCUGGACUGAAUACGGCUAUUAUCUUGCUGGUGGAGAACGAGGAGAAGCUUCAGCUGAGAUUAGGCGACGCUCUGCUGAAGGAGACCAGCGUCGUCGUGAAUGUGAGGCUUGCUAAGAGUUUACCUCUGCCUGUGAAUGAGAGGCGUCCCAGGAUCGACCUGGUGGUGUUCAUAAUCAAUCUGACCUCAGAGCCCAGUUUCCAGUCUGCUGAAGCUUCUUUGAAAUAUUUGGACCCUGGAUAUUUCCUGGGAAAAGUCUGUUUCAUGGUUACUAAGGCUCGUAAUGCCUCUGUCCCCACAAGGCGUCUGGAUGCUGUCAGGAUGUUAGCUGCAUCGCUCCACUGCCCCCUGUUGUUUGCGGAAGACCAGACUCCAGAGGGUGUCUUCGGUGCAGCAGACCGGCUGCUGACCAUCCUCAAAGGUGCCGCGGGCCUCGUUCCCUUCACUACUCCUCUCUACCUGUCACACCUGACUAGAUGCACUUUGCCACCAGACGUCGACCAGCCCAGCUUCGAUUAGUUCUUCCCUGUUUUCUUGGUUUUAUUUAUUUGUGUCAUGAGUUAAACCUGAGUGGAUUCGUUCUUCCUGCAGAAUCCAUAUUUCAGUAUACCAUAGUAUAAUGGACAUAUUACAUAGUAUUUACUGCACCGUGGGUGUUUUCUUUUCAGAUACUUAAUCUGUGCUUUUAAUAAUAAAAUGUCAAAGCUCAUAAA